AUGGACCAACUGCAAACCCCCAAAGUUCAAAAUUCAACAUCAGAUAAUGAUUCACUCGCUGAAGAAGAAAGAGUUUUUGACUUCGGCGAAGAAGAUGAUGCUUCAAACUACUACGAUUCGACCAUUCCUCCCUCCGUCUACAGAGAGUACGGUGGCGAAGAUUACUCACAAUAUCUCAAAGAUGACGAUGAUCCUCAGGAAGCCAUGCAAAAUGCUGAUGGAACGUACCCAGGGAACUACCCUCUCGAUCCAAGUCAGCAGUUAUACUCAAUGAAACCUCAGUUCCCUGAUGACGAUGGCAAAAAUGUGUACGAUACCAUUCAAGAUGCUACAGUUGAAACAAGCUCACAGAGAGAAUAUCAAAUGAACCAGCAACCUAUCACGACAACAGGAAACGAUGGUUCAGAAAAACGGUCAUUUGGCAGGCAAAAUAAAAUGGGUCAAAAAAUUAAAGAUCGAAUCGAGAAAGCCGUCAACACAUUAAAACAAAGAUCAAAAGUAAAUUACGUUUACAUCCACAAUGUUCAAGCCCCUGAUGACACUGGUAAAAUAUACAACUUCAGUUUUGCCGAUUCGAAGAUGGGAAGUUCAUUAGCCGCCAUGCUACAGGAACAAGAACAAACAACACCAAGUGGAGACAACACAGAAGAAAACGCAGACAGUGGAAUAGGUCUGGAAAGUCAGUCGGAUUCCAUAGUAGAUCUCGGUCUCGAGAGAUCCGGCUGGUGGAAUUUAGGCACUUUAUCUUCCGCAACAUCGUCCACGGCAUCAUCCAAAGUUAAAAAACAACAGAAGCAGAAUGCAAAUGAUUCUAAAUUAAAAAGCAAACUACCAUCAUCAACAAAUAAUACAAACAGGAACCCUGCAAUAGAAAAAGAUCUCAUGCCAACAAACCAGCAGCCGAUAACAGGAACAACAAAGAAGGCCGACAACGCGUGGAAGAAGUUUACAGAUACGUUAAACAGAAACAAAUCGGGAAAAUCAAGCACAGAGGAAAAUAGAAGCAGCUAA